CUUCACUUCAUCCACUGCCGUCAUAUUUCUCCAUCUUGCCAUUCUUGUCAAUGUCAAAUGCGAUAGAAAGACUGACAAACAUCACCGCAUCAAUUUCUUUACCCACAUCCAACUCCAACCAAAUCAUGUCUCAACCCAUUGAUAACGAGAUCAAGGGCAAACUGGCCCUUGUAACAGGAGCCUCCGGCGGCAUCGGCGCAGCAUGCGCCCGCGACCUCUGGGCCAACGGCGCCUCCCUAGCCAUAACCUACAACUCCAACAAAGCCCCGGCAGACGACCUGCGCACCGAACUCCUCAAAUCAUCCGACGCCGGCACCCGCAAAAUCUCCGUGCACCAAUGCGACGUCGCCAAACCCGGCGAGCUGGAGCGCCUGUACGCCGAACUGGCCUCGGAGCACGGCCAAAAAGGCGCGGACAUCGCCGUCGUGAACGCGGGGUUCGGCAAGCGCAUCACCAACAUUCUCGAAAUCGGGCUCGACGACUGGGACUACACAAUGGACGUGAAUCUGCGCAGUUCGUUCGUGCUGACGAAGCUUGCGGUGCCGCACAUGCUGGAGCGAGGGUGGGGGCGCGUGGUGUACAUUUCGUCUAUUGCGGCGCAGGGGACGAGCAUUAAUGGGUGCCAUUACUCCGCGAGUAAAGCGGGGGUGCAGGGCAUGUGUAAGAAUUUGGCGGCCAAGAUGGGCAAGACGGGGAUUACGUUUAAUGAUGUUGCGCCGGCGAUGAUUACGGAGACGGGCAUGAUUAGGGAUGAGGAGAUGUUGAAGGGGACGCCGGGGGAUGUGAAGAAUAUUCCUGUGGGCAGGAGUGGGAGGCCGCAGGAGUGUGCGAACGUGGUUACCAUGUUGUGUCGGACGGGGUACAUGACGGGACAGAGCAUUACCAUUUCGGGUGGACUGAAAUGAGGGGGUGCGUAUGGGAGACAUUGUGCAGUAAUGGGGAGAUAGAACGCAUAUCAUUCAU